UUCAAAACCAAAUUUUUUACACGGUCAUUCACCUCCAAGAUUAAUCAAAGUAAAGAAAUAAACAAUAAUGAUGAACUUUGAUGUUAAAGCAAGAAUAAAUAUUCCACCUAAAGUAUCAAAACCAAAUUUGGUAGGUUUGUUUCCUCAUAGGUUAUGGUUACAACCAACAACAACAUGGGCAUCACGGAAGAGGAAGGUGUCGUUUGAGGUUGAAGAGAAGGAGGUGAAUAAGGUAGUGGUAGUGGAAAAAAUUGAAUCAGCUGCAAAAAGUGCUUUUAGAUUUGGCUUUUCAGCUGCUCUUUCUUUCUAUAUUUUCUGUCAUGCACCAACAGCUCUCUCUCAAUCCCUUACCGUCGCUUUUCCUGUUUCACGCGCACCUGAGGUGAAUGCAGUUCAAAGAACUCUUGUUGAAGCAUGGGGUUUGAUUCGGGAAACAUUUGUUGAUCCUACAUUUAAUCAUCAAGAUUGGGAUAUGAAGCUGCAGCAAACAAUGGUGGAAAUGUUUCCUUUGAACUCAGCUGAUGCAGCCUACACCAAAAUCAGUGGAAUGCUUUCUACACUAGGAGAUCCUUUCACUAGAAUUAUUAGUCCGAAGGAAUAUCAAGGAUUUAGAAUCGGAAGUGAUGGAAACUUACAAGGAGUUGGCCUCUUCAUAAAUGUUGAGCCAAGAACAGGACAUUUGGUUGUUUUGUCAUGCAUAGAAAACAGUCCAGCUGCUCGUGCCGGUAUUCAUCAAGGAGAUGAAUUAGUUGAAAUAAAUGGGGAGAGGCUUAAUGGCAUUGAUAGUGAAGGUGCAGCGAAGAGGCUUAGAGGGAAUGCUGGAACAACUGUUACAGUAAAGGUCAAAGAUUCAAGUACAAACUCUUAUAUCCGAGAGGUUAAAUUACCAAGGGAGUAUAUCAAGCUCUCGCCAAUAUCAAGUGCCAUCAUUCCUCACAGAUCCUCAGAAGGGCAGGUCAUAAAAACCGGCUAUGUGAAAUUGUCAACCUUCUCUCAGAGUGCUGCUGAUGACAUGCGAAAUGCUAUUCAGGAAAUGAAAAAUCAAGGAGUACACUCAUACAUACUUGAUCUACGGAACAAUCCUGGUGGUUUGGUAAAAGCAGGCCUUGAUGUUGCUCAGAUGUGGUUAGAUGGAGAUGAGACUCUGGUGAAUACGAUUGAUAGAGAUGGAAACAUGUCUCCCAUCAAUAUGAUCGAUGGACAUGCUAUAACACAUGAUCCACUUGUAGUGAUUGUCAACGAGGGAAGUGCAAGUGCCAGCGAGAUUUUAGCUGGGGCGUUACAUGAUAACGGUCGAGCAAUUCUUGUAGGGAACAAAACAUUUGGAAAAGGAAAGAUUCAGAGUGUAACUCAGCUUCAUGAUGGAUCAGCCCUCUUUGUUACAGUGGCAAAAUAUGUAUCACCCGCCCUUCAUGACAUAGAUCAGGUCGGGAUAACGCCAGACGUGCAGUGCACAACAGAAAUGCUUAAUUCGCCAAAGGAACUAUCGACCAAAGAUAAGGCCUCAAUCUCAUCUCUGGAAGCAGAUUCAUGCAUUAUGGUAGCAGAACAUGAGUUGGAUAUGAAGGAUUCCAAAGGAACUGUUUCUUGAACAUUGUACUGUCUUUUUAUCUCAUUCUCUUUUCAAUGUUGAAAGUUGAAAGGAAAGUUAGCUAACUGCUGCUAAUUUGUACAAUGUUAUGUUGUGAUUACUUGUUAUGUAUAUAUAUAUAUAAAAUAGGUGGAACCGAUUGUAUAUA